GGCGCCUUCUGCUUGUCUUGUCCAUAUCUUUCGCCGUAUGGUCGACGAUCCUUCUAUCCCACGGAGCGGCCUCUCAAGCGCUGCUCGACGGAUGGGAACCCCUCGGCUCUGAAGCAAAGGACCAGCGUGCUCUAGCUCUAUAUCGCUCAUGGGAGAGCGCCUAUGGCCUGCAGCGGGGCUCCCUCCUCCCCCCAUCCCCCCUCUCCCUUCCCCCCGACCUUCCCCCUCCCCCCCACCUCACUAAUUGCGCCGCCCGCACUCUUGCGCGAGAGGUGGCGGAAGGGGGACCGUGGAGAGGUGGGGGGGGAGGAGGACGGGGAGGGGAGAGAGAGGGGACCCGUUGGGAGGACACGUGGCAGCAGACUGGUGGUCAAGAGGAAAAUCCACCCGAGUGCUGCGAUUGGUUGCCGCCCCGCACUCCGUGGGUGCAUGGUACGGACGCUUCCAAUCUAGCGCUGACACGUGUCGCACAGCGGGACAUAUGGGCGCACCAGAUGCUGACGUCAGCAGCAGUACGGGGAGAAGGAGGAGGAAGGGGAGGAGGGACGUGUGAGGGGCGUCGGUUGCUGGUGGUUCCAUGGGUGCCGUCAGACCGCCACGUCAGCGCUGACCCAUUCCACACCGUCGCCAGUCAAAUCCACGUCAUGGCGGAUAUCCUUGGGCUAGCGAUGUUGCACAACCGCACGCUCGUUCCCCUGCCUGGCAGCUAUGGCCCUGCUGCCAACAGUGACUGUAAGGAGUUGAACCAGACUGGCGAAUGGACCUGUUUUUUCUUCCCUCUCACCCACCCCGCCUGCUCCUCCCGGGUCUCCCACCUGCAAGCCAACGGCCACAUGCCCACCUGCCUCUCGUUACAAGCACAACAGCCACCGUCACCAUCACAGUCACAGUCUCAGUUUCAGUCACAGCUACUGUCACAGUUGCAGCAGCACCUGGCAUCGGUGCAGGAUGUUGUGUGUAUGGAUGGCUGGCCGCUCAUAGAAGCCACAACACAGAUGGAUGGCACCUCCCCUGCUGCUGCUGAAGGGAAUAAUGCUGGUGCUGCCCCUGCAUCAACAGCGGUAACGCCAGCAGCAGCAGCGGCAGCAGCAGUAGGAUCAGCAGAGUCAGCAGUAGAUGCAGCAGGAGCAGCUACACCUCCAGCCGCAGCAGCAGCACCAGCGCCAGCAGCACCAGCGCCAGCAUCAGUCCCAUCAAUCAUCCAAGCAGCGGCAGCAGCAGCUGUUGUGAGCCGGUGGGGCCGUCCCCAUAAGGAGCAACCCGUUAUGGUGGAUAAGCAAGGCACGCUCCACAUCAUGGGAGAGGAGAGAGCCCAGCUCCACUGGUGGCGAUCCCAAGCCGUCCGCUUCUUCCUCCGAUGGCCCUCCCUCCACCUCUGCCACGUCAUCAACCGAGAGCACCACAUCAGCAUUGGGCUCCACGUGGCUGCCAGCCUGGCACCCACCAUUGCCAGCCAAGCAUCUCUCCUCCACUCCCUGUCGUCCGGCACGACUCCCGGCACCACUGCGUCUACUAACACAAGAUUUGCGAUUCGGUAUUCGAAGAAUCUACCGAAUACAUCGGAGGAGGCUGCUGCGCUUGCUGCUGCUGGGAAAGCGACUGAAAAAGGGCAUGCGCUCUCUGCGCUUAUUGCUUCCUCUUUUGCUGCUUCUGCUGCUGCUGAUGCUGCUGCUUCCUCUGCUUCCGCUGCCUCUGCUGCUUCUUCUGCUUCUGAUGCUUCUGCUUUUGCUUCCCCCCCUUCCUCACUCUCCUCCCCGUCCUCUUCCCCUGACCUCCCCUCCCUCCUCCACUCCCCCAAUUCCUCUCUCCUGGAAACGCAUGUGUGGGUGGGGAGGGAUGGGCCGAAGCGAGUGAGCGUGCGUGUGGGGGGGAGAGUGAGAGUGGGAUUAGGCGUGAGGGGAGGGGAAAACGGGGGGAGUGAGGGAGGGGUUGAGGGAGAGGGUAGCACCAGCACCAUGGGGCGAUUGUGUGGUGCUGCAAUGAUGACAAGCACCACUGUGGAUGACCUUAUAGCGAGGACAGGAAGAGGGGAGCUGUUGACUCUAGACCCUGUGACUAUAGCAGUGGGCGGUGAGCCUUACCUGCCCCGUCCAAUAGCAGCUGUACACGUCAGCAGGGUGGGUGAGAUAGGGAGGGAGGAGACUGGUCGGGGUGGUAACGAGCUGUUGAGCUCGGAGUCAGCCUUUGGAGCGGAAAGAAUGGCAGCUGCAGCAGCCUUGCAGGCAUUGCAGCGUCUACGGUGGUUGAGCCCUGACCUUAGAAGAGUGUGGCUCUCAGGGGACGUACAUGGGACGAGGGCCAUCCAACAGCAUCUAGACUCACCUGACUGGGCACUCCUUUACUCCACUCGCACUCGACAGCCUGGCACUGCUGCAGAGGGUGCGGCGGCGGUUGCUGCAACAACGGAUGCAGCAGCAGCAACAGGAGGAGAAGAAGCAGCUGCAGCUGCUGUUAUAUUCGCUGAUCUGCUGACAUCAUCUCUCACUGAUUUCCUCAUAGCUGACAUCAGCACAGAAUCUGGUAGCUUGAUUCAUGAGCUUAGGGGCACCAAUGGUCGCCUCUUCUCCCCUGUGUGCACCAUUUGACUUUGACCUUCUCGAUCCGGACACAUUUGCAUUUCUUUGGGCAUACACUAUGUGUAUAUUCCAUGUGAAGAGGACGGGACAAGGGUA